AUGUCUCUGCUUCACAAACAGCCCUUGAAGCUACCAUGCUUUCGGAAACCUGUAAUAGUACGAUCCGCUCCUCCUCUUCUCUCUAACAAUGGCUUAACUUCAUUGACUCUAAAUCCUCCUGGUGUCUUGAUCUGUUCUGAUCCUUGUGGAGGGGAUCGCGGAAGAGUCACUACUACGAUGCCUGGUGAUGGUGUCCACCUUUCCCUAGAAGCGUUUGAAAAGAGGUGGGAGAAUGAUGCUAAGAUGCGUGACGAGUUGUUUAGGGAAUUGGGAGCGAUAGGAUCAUCCAAUGGAUGGCUACCUACUUUGAAGGACGGCGUGUUGGGUCUCCGAGAUAUGAAUAUGAACACGGAAGUAGAUCCAAAACGCAUUUUGCUGCCACCUCUUGUAACUCUUCCUCAUUGCCAAACCCAAUAUGUCACCAAUGUGGCCAUGUCCUCCUCUCCCGAGGAAGAGGACUGCGUUGUGGCUGUCAAGUACUUGGGACCCCAACUUAGCUUUUGCAGACCGGCUCAGAGUAAGUCCGAGUGGAUCAACGUCCGAAUCGAAAGCCCCUGCUUCUUCUCCUCCCCUGUCAUGUUUUCCAAGAAAGAAGGCAUGUUUCGCAUAGCAGGAUCUGGAGGCCACCUCAUCGGAUCAUUGGAUCGCCACAAACAUAGCAAGAAGCCCAAGUUUCAAAGGUUGUGGUUUCAGAACCCCAAGAUGACCGAGACGCAACGAGACCUUCUGGAUUCGUGCUACACAAGCGAACACUUGGUAGAGUCAGAAAUCACGGGUGAAACUUUCAUGGUUAAGUUGUACAAGAAAACCGCCAAUAUAAUCGAAGGUAUUCCGAGAAUGCACACAGAAGCAGUAAUGGUGUUCAAGAUAGACGAAGAAGGAAACGCUGUUUACACUGAAGACAUCGGAAAUCAAAGCAUUUACGUCACAAGUUCUGAAGCUUUAUGUAACCUUUUUAGCACCCGCCUCUGCUUGUGUCGACCUAACUAUGUUAAAAUCAAUGACGUCGACGAAAGGAGAAAUAUCAAGCUGGCUGAUCCAAAAUGGAAGAGACGUCAGUCUUCCACUUAA